AUGCGGCCGCCAAUCGGUAGUCAGCCCAAGGACCUCACCGAGAUUCGUAAAGCAAACAUGGAUAAAUAUUGUCUCAGGGCUCUAUACGUCGCUGAUCCCAGGAUGGACAAGAUACGCAUUGAGGAUACAGCAGGCGGUCUACUCAGAGAUUCGUAUUGCUGGAUAUUGGAGAAUGAGAUUUUCAGAAACUGGCGUGAUUGUGAAUCUAGCCGGUUACUCUGGAUAAAAGGUGACCAAGGAAAGGGUAAGACAAUGCUGCUGUGCGGCAUUAUCGACGAACUGAAGGUGACGACACAAUUGGCAGACCCGGCUGCCAACACGUUGCUGUCAUAUUUUUUUUGUCAAGGCACUGACUCGCGCCUCAACAGCGCAGUAGCAGUAUUGCGCGGGCUUGUUUAUCUUCUAAUCGAACAGCAGCCCUUUCUCAUCUCAAACGUGCGGGAGAAAUUUGAGAAUGCAAGAGAAAGCUUUUUCAAAGAUGUCAAUACUUGGACGACUAUCUCUGAGAUAAUGACUGCAAUACUGAGCGAUCAUAGGCUCAAAGAUGCGGUAAUAGUUGUUGAUGCUCUCGACGAGUGUACAGAGGGCCUUGAGCAGCUUCUCAAUUUCAUUUCCCAGGCGUCAUCAUCUUUCGAUGUUAAGUGGAUAGUAUCAAGUCGCAAUUGGCCCCUCAUCGAACAAACAUUCCAAAAAUGUGCGCAGAAGGCCGAUCUACAUCUCGAAUUGAACACGGAUUCCAUCUCAGCCGCCAUUCAAACCUAUAUCAGUCACAAAGUACAGGCCUUGGCGCGAAAGAAGCGCUGUAAAGAGGAGAUGGAGCAAACACUCAAGGCCUACUUGCUUUCAAAUGCCAAAGAUACGUUUCUUUGGGUUGCCCUGGUUUGUCGAAAUCUUGAUGAUGAUGGAAUCGAAAGUCGGCACAUCAUUCAAAAGCUUUCAUCAUAUCCAUCCAAUGUUUAUGAUUUGUAUCAGUGGAUGUUAACAGAGAUGAGUAAAGUUCCUAAAGAUGUAUCUAAUUGGAAACAGAUCCUUGGUUUCGUGUUGACUGUGUAUCGGCCAGUUACUUUGCCUGAGCUUUGCUCUCUUUUGCCUGGGGAUUCUCCACAUGACAUUGAUACAGUUACGGAGUCGGUAAAGCGAUGCAACUCUUUCAUUACCAUUUAUAAUGAUACAGUCUACUUUCUCCACCAGUCGGCGAAAGACUUCCUAUGUCAGACCCAGAACACGAGCCCUCUUUUCAAAAAAGACGGCAUUCAUUUUUUGAUCAUUACGCAAUCGCUGCUAUCUAUGAAGAGGACUUUAAAGCGUGAUAUGUACAGCUUGGGGGCCCCCGGGCCUGAGAUUGACGAAAUUGAACCACCCAACCCAGACCCUCUAAGCGCGGUACGAUACUCAUGCGUCUAUUGGAUUGACCACCUCUGCGAUUAUAAAGAUCGAGAUAAAGAAAAGAGAGAUUUCAUAAAACAUGGCGUAGUCAAUGGCUUCUUUCGCAAGUACUUUUACAACUGGCUUGAGGCGCUAAGCCUUCUACGAAGCAUGUCAGCAGGCGCUAUCGCAAUUACAAAGCUCAACGAAUUGGUCAAAGUGACACCCGACAGUUCCGCAUUCGCCCUAGUACGAGAUUCCAUGGAAUUCACUCUUCGAAAUAGAUGGAUGGUUGAGUCUGUGCCACUUCAAGUAUACGUAUCUGCAAUUCUCUUCAGUCCAGUGGAGAGGCGUCAAGCCCAGAUGAUUUACAGGGCUGAGGAACCAUCUUGGAACGAUUUAAAGCCAUACAGGAAAGGAGACUGGUAUCGCUCCAGACCUCCUCCAGAGGCCCAUAGUGACGGGAUAAACUCGGUCGUCUUCUCAUCUGAUGGCCAGCGGCUUGCCUCGGGUUCUAGCGAUAAGACAAUUCGGAUAUGGGAUGCAACGUCAGGCGUCUGUUUGCAGGCUCUGAAGAGCCAUAAAAACUGGAUAAUCUCAGUCAUAUUUUCACCUGAUGGCCAGCUACUUGCUUCAGGUUCGAGCGACAAUACAAUUAAGCUGUGGGAUGUAAAAUCAGGCGCCUGUUUGCAGACAUUUGAUGGUCAUAGGAACUGGAUAAUCUCGGUCAGCUUCUCGCCUAAUAGUCGGUUGGUUGCUUCAGGUUCGAGGGAUCAAACAGUCAAGGUAUGGGAUGUGAAUUCCGGCGACUGUUUGCAGACCCUCGAGGGCCAUAAGGAUUGGAUAACCCUACUUGCUUUCUCGCAUGAUGCCCACCCUGAUACAAACUGGGUUACAAAGGGCAGUACACGUAUGGUUUGGCUACCGCCAAGGUAUCGACCAAAUGCAUCAGCUGUAUUUGGACGUUCAAUUGCUGUUGGAUGCACAUCAGGUCAGGUAUACAUUAUGCAUUUUUCUGAAAAUUGCGUAGUGCGGGUAUAA